GAUUUACGCAUCGACCGAUAGAUGUCGCCAGCUGAUUUCCGGCAUUAAUUUUGCUGCAAAUUUAUUCCAAAAAGGCCUUUUUGUAAAAAAUUGAAGCCUUUUAAUUUCUUCACAAGAAUAAUAUAAAAACAUCAACAUCCUAAAAUGACCAAACAAGGUGGAAUUGUAUCAUUUAUUAAAGGACUUUACUACGACGAAUUUAAGUGGGCUUUAGUAAAAAGCAUUGGAAUAUUCGCUCUUGGGAUAAGAAUAGCUCAAGAAUGCCAGGGAAUUGAACUUGUACCGUCGCAGUCUUAAAGUUAAUGUAGUUUUAUUGUAAAUAUUCUAUGUAGUUUAAAUUAAAGGUGUUCACCAAUAUGGCUAAAAGUGUUUUUAUUAUAUUAACAAGAACAUUAGUGUUCUUUCUUACUUUUCAAAAAUGCAUUUAUAGUGAUCGUGUUUCUCCAAAUUUUAUAUAUAUUUUAACUGAUGAUCAGGAUUUAAUGUUAAAUGGGUUGAUGGCAAUGAAGAAAUCCUUAAGUCUUAUAGCUGAUAAGGGCAAGUUCUUUUUAAAUGCGUUUGUGAAUACACCUUUAUGUUGUCCAAGCAGAAGUACUAUAUUGACAGGAAUGUAUCCGCACAAUUUGGGAGUAGUCAAUAAUUCUCUGUCAGGAAAUUGCUCGAGUGAAUUUUGGCAACGUCAUUUUGAACCAUAUUCAGUAGCAGCUAUUUUAAAAAAUAAAGCUAAUUAUACUACAUUUUAUGCUGGAAAGUACUUAAACCAAUAUGGUUCUAAAUUUGCUGGUGGUACUGGCCAUGUACCUAAAGGUUAUGAUUGGUGGAUAGGAUUAAAAGGAAAUUCCAAGUAUUACAACUAUACUUUAUCAGUAAAUGGUACCACCUUACCCAUAAGGAAUUUGUACUUAACUGAUUUAUUGGCCAAUUACAGUUUGAGUUUUUUAAAUCAAAAGUCAAUAGUUGACAAGCCAUUUUUCAUGAUGGUAGCUCCACCUGCUAGUCAUGCACCGUUUAUACCUCCCAAGAGGUAUAUCAAUAAGUUUCCAACUGUUGGUGUUGUGACUAACCCUUCUUUCAACUAUACACCAACUAAUAAACAUUGGCUACUAAAAAUGCCUCCACGUAGACUACCCACCAAUAUCACUAUUCUGGAUAACAUUCAAAGAAGACGUUUGCAAACUCUUUUAGCCGUCGACGAUAUGAUCGAAAGAAUAGUUUUACAAUUAAAAAAACUAAAAAUCUUUCAUAAAACCUACGUCAUAAUCAAUUCGGACAACGGUUUUCAUAUAGGUCAGUUUGGCCAACCCUGGGACAAACGCCAGCCCUACGAAGCUGACACCAGAGUGCCUUUGAUUGUGAGUGGUCCGGGGGUUCCAAAGAGAGUCUUGGAGCCCUAUCCUGUCUCUUCUGUUGAUAUAGCGCCGACUAUACUCCACUUGGCGGGUGUCAAAUCGCCGCACCACAUGGACGGAAGGAGUUUCAAGAAGCAGCUUAUGAACAAGAAAACCGCCAUUGGGUUCAAAUUUGUUUUCGUCGAGUAUUGGGGAGAGGGUGGAGAGAAAACCACAGAUAACGGAUGUCCGUGGAACUAUGAUUCAAAUGUGACGGGAUGCAGCAUUAACAGUUGGUGCAAAUGCCAAGACAGCAGGAAUAACACAUAUUCUUGUGUUAUAGAUUUUCGGGAAGAACUCAGAUUCAAGUUUUGUAGAUUUGCAGAAACCGAGCGUUUUUAUGAAGCCUACAAUUUGUCGUUGGACCCAUAUGAAUUGCGCAACGUUUUUUCUAAGAUGAAUUCUAAAUUAAUCAGGUAUUACAACAAUAUUUUAAAUAAAUUUAAGAAAUGUUCCGGUAAAACUUGCAAAACUCUGUGAUAGAUAUAACGUCCAAACCCUGACAGAAUUCUGUAUUAUUUUAACAGUUAAAAUAUAUUCUCAUGAGUGACUAUAUAAAUAUAAUCUAUGAAGAAUAUCUUUUAUGUUUUUACUCUUUUUCUAUGAUGUACUUAGAGUUUGCAUUUUUAAAAUUAUUUAAUUAAUUAUUAUUACUUAAUUUCUUUCUGUCAUAAAAUUUUCGAGUUUUGAUAGAACACUUAUGGAUUUUAUACUUAAUACUGACAUGCUAUAUUUAAGUAUGAGUUACUUAGAAAAAUAUAUAUUGUGAUUGUAAGUUAUGGCAAAUUCAUAAUAUUAUUGGAAAAUAUACAAUCAGUAUAUUUAUUUAUUCUAAUAGCAAUAAAAAAAAUUGUAAACUUGAAUUUAAAACUUUAAUAUCUUUUCAAUAACUGUGGAUUAUUUUUAAAGCUGUAUUGGACAUAACCUCUUGAAGAUUAACAUCAAACUUUAUACUUAUUUAGAUAAGGUCUUAAGCUUGGAUAGCUAGUUUAUAUUAUUAUGCUGUAUUUGGGUAUGUGAUAUUUGUCUAAUCUCGUAUUGUUUUAAACAUGUGUAUUUAUUGUAUUUUAUGCUAAAAUAGUCUAUAGGGCAAAUAAAAGAUUUUUUUGUUCAAUAGGUA